GGACACGCCAGGGGAGCCCGCCCCGCCCCGGGAGCACCGCCCGCCUCUUUCGCUCUGAGUUUCACUUUAAGUUUCACUUUCGCUCCCGCCCGGCCGGACCCAGGACCAAGAUGAUGGAGGAUCAGCAUGGUGAUGUCCCUGCUGCAGAGGCAGGCGAUGAGGAUGGCUGUGAUGUGGUUGAUGCAAGGCCAGACAGAAGCAGCAGGUUCUCACUUUUUGGAAGAAAAAGGAAGAAUGGAGAAGAAGAGCAGCCAAAGCCCUCUCUCAGUAAUCAGUACCGAAUUGUUACACCCACAUUCCAGUAUAAUAUGGAUUACAAGAAAGUUGGCAAAUGUAUUAUUAUAAACAACAAAAAUUUUGAAGACAAAACAGGGAUGGGCACACGCAAUGGCACUGACAAAGAUGCUGGAGAUCUUGCUAAGAGUUUUAAAAACUUAGGGUUUGAGGUUCAUGUAUACAAUGACCGAAGCCGCGAUGCUAUGGAGAAAGUUCUGAAGGAAGCUGCUGAGGAGAACCACAGUGAUGCUGCCUGUUUUGCCUGUAUCCUCCUAAGCCAUGGGGAAGAGGGGCUCAUCUAUGGCACAGAUGGACCCAUGGCCAUCAAGAGUCUGACUGCUCUCUUCAGGGGAGACAAGUGUAAAAGCCUCAUAGGCAAACCCAAACUGUUUUUCAUUCAGGCCUGCAGAGGCUCUGAAUUUGAUGAAGGUAUACAAACUGACUCUGGACCUGCCAAUGACACCCUGGAGACAGAUGCCAACCCGAGAUACAAAAUCCCAGUAGAAGCAGAUUUUCUGUUUGCUUAUUCCACGGUGCCAGGGUAUUACUCCUGGAGAAAUCCUGGAAGAGGCUCCUGGUUUGUGCAGUCUUUGUGCUCUGUGCUAAACGAGCAUGGAAAGCAGCUUGAGAUCAUGCAGAUCCUCACACGGGUCAACUACGUGGUGGCCACGAAUUUCGAAUCGCAGUCGGACGACCCCCGCUUCAGCGAGAAGAAGCAGAUCCCCUGCGUGGUCUCCAUGCUCACCAAGGAGCUUUACUUCUGAAAGUGCAUUGCAAUGCAGCCCAUCUUGGGUGGAGAUGUGAUUAUAGACAGGAGUAACACGUUCUUAGUAACAGAAAUGUAAUCACACUAGAUUUUUGUGUUGUGUAAGUUGGGGUAUCUCAUGGGUGGACAAUAUGCAAUAUUUUAAAGAAGCUGUGGGCCAGCCUGACAGCUGCUACUAAUUAUUGUAUCUUGGUUUCCCUUAGUGUGGCUGUCAUGAUUUAUGGCUAUUGAAGAUGUUAUGAGUCAGUAACCCAUGAAGUUUUUCCCCAGAAAGCAGAUUGUAAAUUAAGAAUAAAAACAAAAAGUCUUCAGACUCCUUCUUGUUUACUGCUAGCUCGUGGAACCAUACCCUCCUUGUGAAUUUCCAAAGACCAUCAUACUAUGGGUAUGUCCAGUAAUAAAACAGUUUGUAGCUAUUUAAAAGGGUGUUUCUUAGUCUAAUAUAUUAAUUUCCUUUUAAUUAAUAAUAUUAAUGAAGGCCAAUGGUUGCUCUGUGCUCAGUCUGGAAGUCAGUUUACUUGGUCAUCAUUCUAGCAUAAGAUGAAAGUAUCAAAAAUCAAUAUUUUUAGAUUAUUUGCCUGAACACUAUAGAAAUGUAACAAAUAGAACAAUCAAAAUCUUAAAAGAUUGACAAAUUUUAGUUGGAUGAUAACAUAUUAAAGUGCCAUUGUAAAGAUAUUUUGCCUUGCAUAUGACAAUUGACUGAGAGAACAACCUGAAAUGGUGGUGGUGCAGUUCAUCUGCUUGCAGAAAUAAAAAUGUCUGCUUGUUGAUUCAAAACUUUUGAACCAUCAAAAAUUUAAUGAAAAGGCUUUAUAAUAAAACAUUAAAAUUUAAUGUUGAAAAGGUAGAAUUAUAUGUUCCAGUAACAAAUGUAUGUUUUAGAUUUAACUUCUAGUUGUGAGGAGUUUUACCAAAACUGGAAAUGCUUACUUGAAUCAGAAAUCAGAAGUGCCUUCUUAGUUACUGUAUGGUCUUGAUUUUGUGUUUUAGAGUUAUGUUGGUGAUGUUUACCUUUCUACUUUUUAUAUUCACUUUAGUUGGUAGCUAGAUCAAAAAGUAAGUAUAAAGAUUUGGUUAACCUGAUAAAGAAUUAGUUGUUCAUGCUUUUUCCAGUUAAUGUACCCUAUACUCCUUGCAAUCUUCUGAGAAAAUAAGUGCAUAGUAUUAAAGCCAAGUUACCAAAUUGUUAAGUUUAUUUUCUUACAAAUACUGUGACAUAAUGUGACAUAUAUUUUUUUCAUAAGACAAAUUUACAGUUGUUUGAAUUAAAUAAACGGUGCUUUGACAUACUGA